AUGUAUGAAUUCCACUACGAUGUGAUGAAGCCCAUCUACAAGGACCGUCUUCAACUCCUAUAUCAAGAUACUGAUAGCUUAUUCUACCUUGUCAAGACAGAGGACAUGUACAACGACAUCAUCAACAACCAGCAGCUCAGAGAUACCUUUGACACCUCAGAGUACCCUGCAGACCACCCAUGCUACUCAGAUGCAAACAAAAUGGUGCUUGGCAAGUUUAAAGAUGAAUAUGCUGGCCAAGCGCCACUUGAGUAUGUAGGCUUACAAUCGAAGCUAUAUGGCUGUAGGUGUUACAAUAGUGAUCCAAAUCAGCUGACAAGUGGAUUCAUAAAGAAAGCUAAAGGAGUGAGGAGACCAAUACUUGGGCGAGAACUCUCAAAAAUGCAUCCAGAUGCUGAACGUUACAUAGGCUUCCAAGACUAUCUAGAUUGUCUAUAUGGUGAUGAGGAUAUCUAUAGAGAACGAGUGAUGUUUGGUACUAGGAAACAUCAGAUCAUGACCCAAGUCAUGAGAAAGAAGGCACUGAGCAAAGCUGAUGAGAAGAGGUAUAUUCUAGAUGAUGGAAUUACAACUCUUGCACAUGGACAUUACAAGAUCCCCACUCUAGCACACAUUGAUGAGGAGGAUGAGGAGGAGGAGGAGGAGGAGGAUGAGGAGGAAGAGAUGAUUGACUCUCAAGAAAUUCCUAAGGUUCAGGCAGCUAGCAGUACUACAACAGCUAAACGGUUACAUUCCUCAUCACAUGAUGAGCUCAUUAAUAAAGUCAAUGAGUCAGGAAGCAGUACUAUCCCUGCUAAACGGUCACGUCCCUUAUCAAAUGAUGAGCUUGUUGAUAUGACCAAUGACUAUAAAAUAGAUGGUGAUGCAUCCCAGUACAGCAUUCUGAGAAAAUUGCUUGAAAAGUGAGUCAUACCUCAUGCCAGGAAGUGUCAACAAAUCCACUGCGCAUAUGUCUUCGCCCUACAUUCACAUCGCAAGACUUUUUGGAAGUGGUCAUCAUCAGUUGAGGUCUGUGCACCGUGCUGUAAAGAACUAGCAUCAGCUACAACUAGAACUCCAGCUACUACUCCAGCUAGUACCCCUGCUGUUACCACUACCACUGCCAUCAUCAGCCUGCAGUGGAGCAAGCAGAUAUGUGUGAGUGUGGAGACUGUCUACUAGUAACCAGCAACCAAUGGAUUGUACAACCAUUUCUGAAGUUUGGAGAUAAGGACCUACCAGAACCGUUUGGAACAGCUCAAAACUUUCUAGAGACACUAACAUCCAUCUUUCAUGAUGCCGAAGUGUCAAGCUAUACCGACCUAUGCGAGGGAGCAGCCAUCUUGAAAUUCUCAUUCAGCAGAGGAUUCUGCGAAAUAAGUGAUAGAUUGGGUGAAUUAUAUCACUGGAUAGUUCUCGAUAUAUUGGACUGAAUCUAUUGAAUUGUAAUGUAAAUAAUCUUAUUAUUCAUAUGAAUGCUCAGUUUAUAUAUUAUGCUAUGUAUCAAUAAAAGAGAGAGUGUGUUAUUUCAAGAGAAAUAUGUUGUACAUCUUAUUCCAUACACCCUUCAACUUCUAGAGUAAGCACUCUUAGACAUUUAAGGUAUAGUAAAUACAAUAGGAAGCAUCCUUCUAUGAUAAACUUGUCUUUAUCAUACCAUGUAGGAAGUUCAUGAUGGUUGAGCUCAACAGCCUGAUGCCUAUAUAAAUGCUAAUUAGCAAGUUCAUAUAUCCAGUAUGGAUAAGACAGUAUUAGCACAAGAGCUGCACAAGCAAGCUUGUUGGAACUUCCCAACAAGAAAGGUUACAGUCAAAGGUCUUUAUGACCUCUAUCAAGCUGACCUUGUUGAGAUGAUACCAUAUGCUCAACAGAACAAAGGUUAUAGAUACAUAAUUACUAUUAUCAAUUGUCUUAGUAAGUUCGCCUUUGCUAUACCAAUUAAAAGCAAGUCAGCUGAUGAUGUGGUCAAGGCAAUCAGAUACAGAAAAUAACUCUUU